AUGAAUCUCUUCAAGAGCGUUGUGGCAUCAGCCAUUUCUUCAGGCAUCCCGAAUUUUCCCUACACCUUCGGCGAUCGCCAAGACAUUGAGGGGGGUAUUUGGGUGCUGCAGAACGGUCAGAAGCGUGAUGAUGGAUCUAACUGCAGUAUAUUCUCCUUUGAUAUCAACUCAAAUAAAGGACUCUUACCUCUGGCACGAAAUGCUGUCAAGAAGCUGCGGACUUUGCGGCAUCCUGGCGUGAUUAAGGUGCUAGACACAGUCGAGACAGAGACGUUUAUAUAUAUUGCUACGGAGAGGGUGGUACCAUUGAGAUGGCAUAUCAAGCGCAAAAGCAUGAGUAUCGAAACGUCGAAGUGGGGUCUAUUUGGUGUGGCGCAAACAAUCAAAUUCAUCAAUGAUGAAGCAUCUUCUGUUCACGGCGCCCUUCGAGUCGGGUCGAUUUACACCGGUGAAAGCGGUGAAUGGAAAGUGGCCGGGUUUGAAGUGCUAAGCAACAUGAAGGAUGAUGAUGCCAUAAUAUAUAAUUAUGGCAGCCUUGUACCUGAUUCUGGACGGUACACCCCCCCUGAGCUUGCAAAAUCCGGUUGGAAUGAAAUCAAACGCCAUCCCCUAACGGCGGUCGAUGCUUAUAACUUUGGCACACUUAUAUUCGAAGUAUUCAAUGGUGAUUUCAUGGGAAGCGACCAAGCGGGGCAAACGAAGGGCAUCCCUCCAAGUAUGCACUCGAGUUAUCGGCGACUGGUCAAUAGCAACCCUAAAGCUAGACUCAGUGUGGGUAAUUUUCUUGAGCAAGGACGCCGGAAUGGUGGUUUUUUCGAUACGCCACUGAUCAAGCUCACUGAGAGUAUUGAUAGCCUUGGAAUGAAAACGGAGGAAGAAAGAGAACAAUUCCUCAACGACUUGGGUCAAUUAUCUGACGAUUUCCCAGAGGAUUACUUCAAACUGAAAAUCCUCCCAGAGCUUAUUAAAUCGGUUGAAUUCGGUGGUGGCGGACCCAAAGUAUUUGAGGUCGUGAUGAAAAUCAGUAAAAAGCUCUCGGACGAGGAAUUUGAAGCCAAGGUUACUCCUGCUGUUGUCAGGCUUUUCAGUAGCCCCGAUAGAGCCAUCCGGGUCUCACUUCUCGAUAAUCUUCCAUUAAUGAUAGACCGCCUAUCUCAGAAGACAGUCAACGACAAGAUAUUCCCGCAGAUGGUCACUGGCUUUACUGAUGCGGCACCUAUUGUCCGAGAGCAGACUGUCAAGUCUGUCUUGACUAUCAUCGAAAAAUUGACAGACAGGACUAUCAACGGAGAGCUUCUGAAAUAUCUUGCCAAGACCUCAAAUGAUGAGCAACCUGGAAUUCGUACAAAUACUACCAUAUGCUUAGGGAAAAUCUCGAAGAACCUAAGCGUGGGAACAAGAUCGAAGGUCUUAAUUGCAGCGUUCACUCGAUCCCUCCGCGACCCUUUUGUUCAUGCUAGAAACGCAGCGUUAAUGGCGUUAGCAGCAACAUCAGAGUCGUUCGGCGAAGAGGACUGUGCCAACCGAAUAUUACCAUCUCUAUGUCCAUGCCUUAUUGACAAGGAAAAGCUAGUUCGAGACCAGGCUAGUAAAACCAUGGAUAUAUAUCUUCACCGCGUCCGAAAAUUCUCGUCCUCUAUGGCGGACACUGCGUUACCACCCCCCGCUACAGCAGAUGCAACAGCAAACACCCCUCGUAUGAGCACACCACAAGCGAACGAAGUCGCCUCUUGGGCCGGCUGGGCAAUCUCCUCGUUCACCAAUAAGGUCUCCACCGCGGCAGGUGAAAUACAACCCGCCUCAAAUGGUACAUCCGUUCCAGCUGCACGCCCAAACUCUGCACCCACGGCGAAUGAUGUUCGGCGUCCAGCCGCAGGCACAGCCUCAGCCUCAGCAUCCGCACUGCAUCGACAAGCAGUUUCUUCGCCACCAGCGGCCUCAGCACGCACCUCCACUUCUUCAAAUACAAAUGACUACUUCCAAGACUCGAUGACAGGAGAGGAUGAUAUGGAUGCGUGGGGACCCUUGCAAGACGACUCCUUCUUUGAUGCUCCCAGUGAAGCACCUACUAAAGUAGCGUCUUCCGUAGCGCCUUCUGCAGCGAACCCAUUCGGGGAUGAUGGCGAGCCAGAUUUCGCGGGUUGGUUGGCAGCGCAGGCCGGAAAGAAACCCGGCUCGAAACCUUUGCCAAAAGGUCUUGCGAAAUCAACAUCGAAUACCAACCGACCAGCAAGUGUUGGACGGGCGGCUACAACUGGGAGUGUGAGUGGCAUCGCAGCUAAGAAAACGGCUGGUACCGUUUCGAAGCCAAAGCCGGUAACGGCUAAGAAGAUUGAUACUACACCUGCAGCUACCGAUGAUGAUGAUGGGUGGGGUGAAGGUUGGUAGGAAUUCCUUGUGAUGUUCUAGGGUAAAUCGGCGUUUUGUUAAGCAUAGCCAUGGCGUCUAUAGUUAGAGUAGAUACCAGAUCAUUAGGUGGAGGCUUAUUUGGGCGAGGGGUAACGAUGAAGGGAAUUCCUAAUUAAGGCAUAAACAAACAGAACCAUCCGCAUUUCCACCUUCAAGUUAAAUAACCUAUGCCGUAUAAUACAUACUGCAGGACAUUGGAAGGCGGCUCGACACCUUUUUGAUUACACAAAAGAACACCGAGAUUCUUUCGCA